UCCUAUAAUUGAUGAAUCUUUAGUACUCUUGAGAGGGAGGGAGAGAGAGUCUUGUGGGACUUAGCAAGUUUUAUGGGCCGACUGAUCCGAGGGACUGAAUCAUCGUCAUCGUGAUCGCCGUCACGCCAUCAUUGUCAUCUUUUUUGUCGGACUGAGAACAAUGAGUCACUCUCGAGGGUCCAGGAAGAAUGAGACUAGUAAUAAGGAGGCGAGAGGUCCGAUGGAGAAAGAGGAAGAGUUGAACCAAUGGCUGGCGAUCACGCGGUCACGUGACGGCAAGUGGUGGUACUCCGCCUUCCACAAUGUCACCGCCAUGGUCGGUGCAGGUGUCCUUGGCCUUCCCUACGCCAUGGCGGAGCUUGGGUGGGGACCAGGCAUAACAGUUUUGACCAUGUCAUGGAUCAUUACCCUGUUCACGCUAUGGCAGAUGGUUCAGAUGCACGAGAUGGUGCCCGGGAAGAGGUUCGACCGAUACCACGAGCUAGGCCAGCAUGCAUUCGGGCCGAAGCUUGGUCUAUGGAUAGUGGUGCCACAACAGCUCCUGGUGGAGGUCGGGACUGAUAUCGUGUACAUGGUCACUGGAGGCAAGUCCAUCCAGAAGUUCUAUGCCUCAGUCUGCCCCGAUUGCAAGCCCAUGAAGACCACCUACUUCAUCAUGAUGUUCGCCGCGGUUCAGUUUGGGCUCUCCCACGUCCCCAGCUUCAACGAUAUCGCUGGUGUCUCUGUUAUCGCUGCCAUCAUGUCACUCAGUUACUCGACGAUUGCUUGGAUUGCGGCUCUGAAGAGGGGGGUCCAACCCGGUGUAAGUUACAAGCCAAAAGGAACGACUCCAGCAGGAAGAGUUUUCGGGUUCUUAGCGGCGCUGGGGGAUGUGUCAUUCUCCUUCGCAGCACAUAGCGUGGUGCUGGAGAUCCAGGCAACCAUCAAGUCCACGCCAGAGAAGCCAUCAAAGAAGCCUAUGUGGAAGGGUUCACUGUUUGCCUACAUCAUCGUGGCCGCAUGCUACUUCCCCGUCUCGAUCGUCGGAUUCUACAUCUUCGGUGACUCCGUGCAAGACAACAUUCUCAUCUCCCUCGAGAAGCCCCGAUGGCUCAUCGCUGCUGCUAACAUGUUCGUUGUCAUCCACGUGAUCGGAAGCUAUCAGGUCUUUGCUAUACCAGUUUUUGAUAUGAUGGAAUCGUAUAUGGUUAAAUCAAUGAAGCUCAAGCCAACGUGGUAUCUCCGAUUCAUCUCACGUAACAUAUAUGUUGGUCUUACCAUGUUCUUGGCCAUAACAUUCCCAUUCUUCGGAGGGCUCCUCAGUUUCUUCGGUGGAUUUGCUUUCGUUCCAACGACAUACUUUAUUCCUUGCAUCAUCUGGCUCAUCCUAUACAAACCGAGGAGAUUUACCUUAUCUUGGAUAGUGAAUUGGUUUUGCAUCAUUAUCGGGGUAUGUUUGCUGAUCCUUGCACCGAUUGGAGCCUUGAGGCAGAUAAUCGUUCUCUCCAAGGGGUUCAAGUUCUAUUCUUGAGAAUAGAUUCACAAAUAUCUUCCCUUUUUCCUUCUGGUACCUUUUUUUUUUUAAUUUUUUUACGAUGGGAAGGAAUUGGAGUCUCAAGGAGAAGAAGGAUUGGUUAGCAUUUGGUAGUAACCAUAUGUCUGCAUAUAUUGUAUUUAUGUUAUCUCAUUGAUUUUUUUGGGAUGGGUGAAUACAUAAUUCAAUCACCUAUACCUAUAAUUAAAUUAAAUGACUGAAAAUUUAUAUUCCUCAUGCA